CAGAUCGUGGACAAGCCACCUUUUUCUUUACAUCUUCUUAGGUUUUCCCCGGAAACUUCCAAAUCCGUAUCGGAGCAGAGCACAGAGGGCCAACAAAUUCACGAAAUUUGUUAAUACGAAGAAGUUGAACGGAGAAAUUUGGUUGCCUCCGUACUCCAUAGUUGCUUCCUGCUGUUUCGUUCCACUUGUUUACGCAUGGCCGGCACUGGAAUCCACCCGUAUCACCAGCAAUGGCCUGCGGCGGCCGCUGCUCCUCCUCUUCCUCCACCACAAGCUGCCACCGCCGCUCCCCCUCCUAUUCCUCACCCUCAUCCUCCUCAGAUCCUCGUCGACAACCCCAGUCGUCAUGCCUCCGAUGAGGUUCGAACUAUAUUUAUAACAGGUCUUCCUGAAGAUGUAAAAGAGAGAGAGCUACAGAAUCUUCUCAGAUGGUUACCUGGUUACGAGGCCUCGCAAGUAAAUUUUAAAGGCGAAAAGCCUAUGGGUUUUGCUCUAUUCUCCAAUGGCCAGCUUGCUAUUGCCGCUAAAGAUGCCCUUCAGGAUAUGGUUUUUGAUGCGGAGUCUAAGUCAGUGUUGCACACGGAGAUGGCCAAGAAAAAUCUCUUUGUUAAACGAGGCAUUGUUGCUGAUGCAAAUGCUUAUGACCAAAGUAAACGUUUGAGAACUGGUGGUGACUAUGCCCACACCAGAUAUUCAAGCCCGUCGCCUUUUCAUGCACCUCCACCCCCUAUUUGGGGGCCUCAUGGGUAUAUGGCUCCACCUCCUCCUCCAUAUGAUCCGUAUGGAGGUUACCCGGUUCCUCCUGUACCUAUACCUGCUCCUGCACCUGUACCAGCACCUAGCAGCUAUGUGCCUGUUCAGAACACUAAAGAUAAUCCUCCUUGCAAUACCCUGUUUAUUGGUAAUCUGGGGGAAAAUGUAAAUGAAGAGGAACUCAGAGGUCUUUUAAGCGUACAAUCUGGAUUUAAGCAAAUGAAGAUUCUGAGGCAGGAAAGGCACACGGUCUGCUUCAUUGAGUUUGAAGACGUGAACACUGCCACCAAUGUGCAUCAUAAUUUGCAGGGUGCUGUUAUUCCUAGUUCUGGCUCUGUGGGCAUGAGAAUACAAUUUUCUAAGAACCCAUUUGGGAAACGGAAGGAUGCUACCUACCCUGUUUCUGCUGCUGGCGCCAACGGAACUCCACAAGCUAUGGCAUACCAAUAGCGUGAAGGGGAUGUACUCUGUUCUUUUUGCUCCGACAAAUACAAGCACUAGAUGAUAGGAUGCAUCUUGCAGCAGUUGCAUGCAUCCAUGAUCCAUUUCAUAUCAAGUCAUCAGCAUUUUGAAUGCUCAUAUUGGUGUCACAAACAUUCCAUUUGGAAGCAUGCUACUGUAGCCCUUAUUUGUGACAUGCAUUUAUUUACCAGUAACUGAGAAGAUUUCAUGGCUGGAUACUUAAUAGGGGCUCAGAUAUUAUUAUCAUUUGUAGGAUGUGUGCUGUGCAUUAGUCCUAUCUUUAUUGUUUGUACAUGAUGAUUAUGUAGCGAUUUCUCUAAAUGGAUUGCCUGGUUUAUUGAGAGCAUCCACAUGUAAGGUUCAGUCACUUCCUUCAUCUCACCUCCCCAUUUCAAGUCAGUAGGAGUUCCAUAUCAUGGUGCAGCUCUAGUAGGAAUGUAUUCAUCUCAGUAGAAGUUCCAAAUUACUCAACAUCACGCCAUUAUUUCCUUGAUUUUGCCAUUAACAUUCCCAUAAUCAUCUCAUGACCACAUCAUACUUACUUGGUCAAGCCAUUAAUUCAUAGUGAAGUAUUCACAGCAUUCAAGCUACUGCUAAAACCUUCGUUUGUUAAGCAUAAAAAAAUAUACAGUGUCAUUUACAUACAGGAUUCAAGCAUGAAUUGACCGGGCUGCUAUCCAUUUGAGGUUCAGUUUCAGGUGCUAUCUAAAGUUUCUUUUCCCAGCAAGGCUUCAAUUGUGCAUGACCCCACAUGGAGGUGAAGUUAUCAUCAAAUUAUGGGUGAAGGGUAUAUAUUUAUUUCUUCCUAUAAUUUCUUGAAUAGAAAGCAAAGAUAACACAGAUUUAUAGAGGCGACAGGAUGAACCAGUUCGAUCCAUCUUCUCUUCAUCGUCGAGUUUGCUGGAUGUACCUGGCUUGACUACAAAGCUGGAGGAAAUUGAUGCCACUGCUCUCUUUGCUGACUUGCUAUGCUUGGUAUGGGUGGGAUGUGAAGAAAGGAAUAGUUUAAUCAAGAUCUAGGUUAACUUAUGCUUGUUUAGGAUCACCAUUCUAGUGCUUUCAUGGAGUUGUUUUUCAAACUUCUAUCUUGUUGAGUGUCCUAAAACUGUUUAGUCGUUACAAUCUCCUAGCAUAUUGCUCUCUGAUAUGAGAGCAUAGAGCCGUAGAGGGAAAUAAAUGCAAAGUUACCUGACUGACC